CAAUCCUAGUUUAUUUACUUUGCGUAGCAAUUUAGUAAUACUGUGCAAAAUACAAAUUAAAACUCAGAUUCUAAUAAAAAAAUAUACUUUUAUUAAUUUAUUCUAAUCCUUCUUCGGCUACGCGUAAAGUUCAUUCAAUGAAAACAAGGAUAUCAAUCAGGUACCACUUGCUUUAACAAUGAACAACGUCCUACAUGAAAAGCAAAAUAAUCGCUACCGUAAAAAGUACAAAUUUAUGAAACGAAGAAUUAAGAGCUUGAUACUAGAAAAUGCUGCGCUUUGUGAUGAAGUUGCAAGAAUUCAAGAGAGUAUAAUAAUUGUAAAGGAUGAGAGAAAGUUUCUGCUGCGGAAGUUACUGGAAUAUCUCAAUGAAGCUGAAUUCUCACAACAAAACUACAGGCAUGAUACAACCACGAUGGCUAAUGGACCUAGCACAAAACUUAAGAAGAGAAAGAGUUUAGAAGAAAAUGGUAGAAGCAUUUCUUUGUCUUAACAGUCUUGUUGUGCCAAUAUCUUGGAAGUUU